GAGGGCAACAGGAAAGGGGUAGUGGGGAAGAGAAGGAAGGAAGAGAGAGAAACUUAGAGAUAAAAAGCAAAAGAGAGACAGGGAAGGUAAGCAUAAAUGAAACAGACAUAAUACAUGAAACAGACAUAUUCUGUCCUAACCAGCUAACCAGACACCAGCCUGUACCCUCCCACUCCUUUCUCUCCCUUUGUCAUUAACCCAUCCCUCCUCUCACUGAAUAUAUGCAAGUAGACAAUGCAGACUGCCUCUCUCUCAUGCUAUUCUCUUCUGCAGACAGGAACAUUCUCCCUCUGUCUCUGCAUGAGGGAACUGCAGAUUGAAAGUCCUCCUCCAACCAACUGCUGGUACCCGAAUGAAUUGUAGCCUGUCUCCUGAAAAAGCAUCCUAUUUUUGUGGGACAUUUGCUGCAGACGAACCAAUCAGCAUCUUUAUUUGUAAUGCUGCCUGAAGAAUAACUUGGACAUUUUUAGCUUCCUUUCUUCCUUUUUAUUUUUUUCCUGUGUUGCCCUUCUUGACCAGCAUGAUUUUCACCACAGCUGCUGUCCUUGGUGCUACGCUGGGCACUGCGUCAGGCAUCCUCACUCUCUGUGGGCUCUCACUGAUCUGCAGGUCCUGUAAGAAAGGCAAGUUGGAAAGUGGUGAAGAUGCAGACCCAGAGAAGGCUAAACCCAGUGUUCUGCACUCCUCAGAGAAGUUCAGUGUGGAAAAAUCCACAGAGCCCAUCCAACCAAGGACAUCGUUGAAAUUUCCUAAAAUAUACAAGCCCAAACCAUCUGUGACCUCAUCUGAGGUCAUCAGCUACCCUGAUCAUGCCUCAGAGAAGGGGGGCGAGCCCUCUCCCGAGAGACCCUCGACUGAGCCUGAUGCUGGUAACCAAGCAACUGACAGCUCUGACACAUUCACGAUCCUCAGACAAGACUCAAAGGACAAAACCCCCUGUGCAAGGGCUCUAACCAAUGGGAUGACAACAAGCAGCUCCAUCCUCCACCCCAAGCUGCAUUUCUCUCUCACCUAUUAUACAGACCAGAACGAGCUACACAUCACCGUGAUAGAAGCGGAGCAUUUGAGUGUGGGGUCGGGCUGUGAGGGCUAUGUGGCCGGAGUCCUGACCUUAGCAGCAGGACAGAGGGAGGCCCAGACUUCGUUGCGACGCCUGACCAGCCACACCCACUGGGAGGAAGGCCUGGUGUUCUCCCUACCAGGAGGGUAUGAGGUGGAGGGUGAAGUGGCUCUCUCCCUUCACAGUUGUGACCACUUCUCCCAGAACACCAACCUGGGCCUCAUGAGGUUCAAGCUGGUUGAUGUGGGCAUGAUGUCCAACGCAGACUGCUGGGUCGACCUACAACCACCAAAACAGGAUGUCCAGGCAGCUGGAGAGCUCCUGCUGUCUAUAAGUUACCUGCCUGCAGCCAAUCGGCUGGGAGUAGUGGUGAUGAAGGCUCGAGGACUACAGUCAGACAAGCUGAAGAACUCCAUAGACCUGUCUGUGAAACUGGCCCUGAAGCACCAGACUACCAAGCUGAGGAGGAAGAAGAAGCAGACGCGACGGGUCAAGCACAAGAUGAACCCAGUGUGGAAUGAGAUGAUGAUGCUGGAGGUUCCCCGCGAGCUGCUGUCUAAAUCCAGUCUGGACUUGGAGGUGUUGAACCAGGCAGGUCCUGGUGAGCAGGAGUCCCUGGGCCGCUGUCAGCUGGGUUUACAGGCCUCCAACACUGGCCUCCAACACUGGCAGCAAAUGCUAGACAACCCCCGUAAGCAGAUCGCCAUGUGGCACUCACUGUAUGACUAAGAUAACCACCUGUCCGCUUCGCCCUUCCAAAUACCCAAAUGGGGGGGGGGGGGGGGCAUGUCAACUGCCUUCCUGGAUCAGGAUUUAAGAGCCUAAAUCUAUUUUAUCCACUUAUAUUGAAAGUAUCCCAUUACCUGCAAUUAAUUAUCCCACAGCAUCCCAUGACAACAGUAGCAUACACCAAACUGAAAUGUCACUGAAUAUCACAGAAUUUCCAAAGAAUACCAAUUAUGAACACAUUUUAUAUAUUCAAUGAGACUCAUCAAUGCAAUGUAAUACUUUGCCUACAGUACCUAUACUUAACCACCUCUAUGAUCUGUUUUUAUAGUUGAACAGAAUAAAUAUGAUAAUGCCUGUGUUUUUAUGUUAUAGGGGAUUGUGUAUAUGGUAUGUAAGAGUAUGAUAAAUAUCAGUGAAUUAUUCUAGAGUAGAGCUGUCAUUUUAUUUGUAAAGGGAUUCACACGCUUGGAAAGCAAUCGAGAAAAUGCACCUGGCAGAAACUUAAAGGCCAGCCAAUAUUGAACGGAUAGGAGAUUCAAAAGCCCGGUAUACUACUGAAAGGACAAGUAUUAGUAUUCAUAGAUAUACUGUAACAGUGAUGAAAUUACAGUGGACUACAUGUUUAAAGUGUAUCUUAUUACACAGGGUCUAAAAACGUCAGCUAAAGUUUUCCACAUGAUGUAUUAAAAAAAAUCAUGCAGUGUUUAAUCUAGUAAUAUACUGUAUUUGUCAUUUUUAUGAAUAUGUGCAGCUGUAUUCUAUCUUAGGAGAAUACGAGAGUUGAUAUACAUGUUAUAUUUAAAGUAGUUACAAUACAACUAUCAACUCAACUUCACACCUGUUUCCAUUCAACCCACUUUGCUUCAGUUAUGUACAAAAGGUAUUGUUCUCCAUUGUGGUUUUGUUUUUUACAUAGCUUUUGUCAAGUGAACUGCUUAUAGACUGCGCCAGUGAGGAACACACUGCAUAAUUUGAAAAUGUACACACUGACACACAAAAUGUGUGAAAAUAAAAACAUCUUCAAAA